ACAGGAGAGCAGAGAGGAGUGUGUGUGUGUGAAGCGCUGGCAGGAGUCGCUGAGUGAGUCGAGGCUCAGUCACUAGUAGGAAGCACAGUGUGGCAGUGCUGCUCCAAUCGGUGUGUGUAUGUGUGUUCAUUCUGACUCCACGCUACACAUGCAAACCAAGGCAGCCUGGCAAGCGCAGCAGAAAACCUCGUGCGCGGACCUCUCUGCUUCUCACCUCUCCUUCAGCAACCGCACAGGAUUCCCACUGUGUUUAUAAGAAGAAAUGCAGUGACGGUAUAUAACUUUUACCCUAGUCAAGUUUUCCAAAGAGGAUUCAUCACUUCAACUAUUUACUCAGCAAAAUCCUUUAAGCUAAAAAUGGAUCUACACCGUGCUGCUUUUAAAAUGGAGAACUCUUCUUUCUUGCCUAACCCUUUGGCCUCACCAGCGCUAAUGGUUUUGGCAUCAACUGCUGAAGCCAGUCGAGAUGCUUCCAUACCAUGCCAGCAGCCACGUCCUUUUGGUGUGCCAGUCUCAAUGGAUAAGGAAGUCCAUAUACCUUUUACUAAUGGUUCCUAUACUUUCACUUCAAUGUACCAUCGCCAGGGUGGUGUGCCAGGGGCCUUUUCUAAUCGUGAUUUCCCACCUUCCCUACUUCACCUCCAUCCACAGUUUGCCCCUCCCAAUUUAGACUGCUCCCCAAUCAGCAUGCUAAACCAUAGUGGUGUUGGUGCUUUCCGGCCCUUUAGCUCCCCUGAGGAGCGGGAGAGCUAUCAGUCUGCCUUCACCCCAGCCAAGCGUCUAAAGAGCUGUCAUGACACUGAGUCUCCUCAUCUGCGAUUCUCUGAUGCCGAGGGGAAAGAAUAUGAGUUUGGGACUCGGAUCCCCACAGGCUCCCCAGGGGGACUCAAAGUGGAUGAUGCAGGAAAAAAACUUUUUGCAGUGUCCGGCCUGAUUUCAGACAGAGAGACAUCUUCAAGCCCAGAGGACCGGAAUGAUAGGUGCAAAAAGAAGAUUGCCUUGUUUGAUAGCCAAGCCCCAAUCUGCCCCAUAUGCCAAAUCCUACUACGCCCAGGAGAGCUGAAAGAACACAUGGAACAGGAAUUGGAUAAACUCAUUCAAAUAAAUAUCAGUAAGAAUUGCUUGCAAAAAGAAAUCAUGGCUCCCUGCACGCCAAAGUCAGUUUUAUUAUCAGCUUCAAUCAAACGAGAAGGGGAAUCUCCAACAGUGUCACCUCACUCCACAGAGGAUAUUCACCACUCGGACAGAUAUCAGACCUUUAUGAGAGUGAGAGCCAAUAGGCAAACUAGACUUAAUGCUCGGAUUGGAAAAAUGAAACGGAGGAAGCAAGAUGACGGGCAGGUAUGUCCACUCUGCAGUCAACCGCUCUCUGGAUCAGAGGAGGAGAUGAGUAGACAUGUGGAACUGUGCCUUGCAAAGAGAGAAAACUGCAUGAAUGAGGAUGAUUCUGUUGAUAUUGAAAAUGAGAAUGGAAACCGAUUUGAGGAAUAUGAAUGGUGUGGACAGAAAAGGAUACGAGCCACAACACUUUUGGAAGGGGGGUUUCGUGGUUCUGGGUUUGUAAUGUGUGGCAACAAAGAAAAUCAUGAUAGUGAUGCCGAUCUAGAUGUUGAUGGGGACGACACUCUGAAUUACGGAAAGGCACAAUUUCUUAGGUAUACAGAAGCAGACAUUAUUCCAUGCACAGGAGAGGAGCCUGGAGAAGCCAAAGAGAGAGAAGCUCUUCGUGGAGCAGUUUUAAAUGGCGGAACACCAAGCAUCAGGGUAACAACUGAAUUCUCUAAAUGGACCAAUGAUGAAAUGCCAUCAACAAGUAACGGUGAAAGUAGUAAACCGGAAACAAUGCAGAAAACAUGCAAAAACAGUGAAAUUGAAAAGUUCACAGAAGAAUCUGCAGUCACAACGUUUGAAGCACUAAAAUCACGUAUCCGUGAGUUAGAAAGACAGCUCUCCCGAGGGGACCGCUACAAAUGCCUCAUUUGCAUGGAUUCCUACACAAUGCCCCUGACAUCUAUUCAGUGCUGGCAUGUUCACUGUGAAGAAUGUUGGCUUCGCACUUUGGGAGCUAAGAAACUCUGCCCGCAGUGUAAUACCAUCACAUCACCUGGAGACUUGAGACGUGUGUACUUGUGAAACAAAUAUGAAGAGGGACAAAUAUUGCUCCGAUGUAGUGGCAGCUCCCUCACAUGUAAUCUGUACCCCCUUCUCUGUUCGUCGAACAUCUCUGUUUGAGAAACAGACUGCGAGAGAUUGGGGAUCCCUUGUGAGAAAGGAGGAGGCUAAAGCUAGGAGCAAAAGACCUUCCCAGGACUUGACUUGCCAGAAGCAAGAUUACACUCAUCCUAUGGCUUCCAGAUACUCAACAUGUCCUGUUGUAUCCAGAUAGUACUAAUGGGGGGAGCUAAAUCAUUCCCUAACUGCUAUACACCAACACUUGUAUACAUUUUCUUUAUCUUCUUGUUCCAAAUGCCGAUUAUCAGAGUAAAAUGAAUGAGUUUUUUAGGGGGAGCCAAGAUUCAACACCGGUCUGAUUUUUGUUUACAUGCCCUCCCCCUGUUGUUUGUUUCACUACUUCAGCUGCCCAGGGUACGUGUGAGGAGCCGGACACUGUGGCCUAUGAGGCCAGGAAAGAGAAAACGGACAAUACCUGCAUUUUAUUCUUUAUUUUUCCCUCCCUGUUCUUCAUGUACUGUUUUUGUGGUUUUUCAACGAUGUAAAGAGACAGGGAAAAGAAGAAAUCUGCAAAAAAAAAAUGUGAAGCACAUGUAUUAUAAAUGAUAUGUUUACAAUGUUGUGUAUAAAUUGAAUAGACUCAAAACUUAA